AUGGAUCGCAAGAGGAAGCGCGAAUUGCGCGAACUGAACAGCAAAGCCUGGGAUGGCGAGAAAGGCGAGUCGCGAGCUUUUCAAGUUAACAAGUCCCUCGAUUCUUCUCUCAAAAAGAACACUGCCUUUAUUAAACGUCUCCGAACCGCGAUCUCGCCUGCCACUUUAGGAACCUUCGUCCAGGAGAUUCGAACUCUUAGCCUGCACAAAUACUUGUCCGAAAUCAUAUCAGCGUGUUAUGAAGGGCUUUGCCGAUUGAAGUCGCCGGGCGAAAUCGAAGCUGGAGUAGAAAUAGUGAGCGCUUUACACCAACGAUUUGGCCCCACCGAAUUUACAGAAUUUCUUGGUUGGCUGGUGGGCAAGGGACUUGCGACUCCCGAAAAGUCGCUUUUGAAAACCCUUGCAGCGGAUGUUAGAGAGAAGGAGGAAAAGGAGCGCAUCACACGCCAACGUGUCCUGCUACGAGUUGUAACAGAGCUAUGGCUGGUAGGCGUGUUGAGGACUCUUGAUGAUGUCAGUCGACCAGACGAUCUCUCCAGAGGUAAGGAGUCACUUUUGGGAUCGUCUGCGAAGGCAUCAGAUAGCAAAUCUAAGGCCAAUGGUGCUGCAAAGGGUGGCGGCGCAGAACCGUUUCCUCUGGAAGUUCUGAAGGAUCUGCUAGGCCAUGAUAGGGACCAUGCCAAUUUGCCAUUAUUAGUAAUCUUUGUCAAGGCUUUCGGGUGGGAUAUACUUGGAGUCAAAGAUGCUGGAGCAGAAGGUAGAAAGACUGUUGAGGAGGACGGUGCAACACUCAUCACCGAAGGUUCAACAGAAGAGGACGAGGACUGUAUGGCCGAUUCAACUACCACUGACAGUAUUCUUGACGAACCACCUCUAGCUUCCCCUGAACUCCAAGAGAGGUUCCGUAAUAUCCUGAAGCGAUACUUUGAAGAUGUCAAAGCCCACAUCAUCCGUGACCAGAAAGCUAUAUCAAAACAAGCCCGCAAAGAUGCAGAAGCUUAUGUUAAAUCGGGGCAAGUCUUUGAAGACCGACAAGCAAGUUACGAGAAGGGUCUUAAGUCACAGGAGCGACUCAUCUCGAAUGCUCAAAUACUGGGAGAUGCAAUUGGCGGGGAAAUGCCUGAACUAAAAGAUACAGAGGACGCCUCAGCUACUGGCACAGGAGGAAUCGGCCUGGUCAAGACUGGAGAAUACCUACGCGGUGAAGGGGAUGGUGCUGGUAUCUGGGAGGAUGAAGAUGAGCGACGCUUCUACGAAAACCUAGUCGAUCUCAAGGGCAAGGUUCCAGGAAUGAUGCUCGAGGACGGAAAAAAGAAAAAAGCCGAUACUGAUGAACAGGUUGGGAAGAAGAUUGAAGUGUCAGAAUCUAUCUCUGUAGACCCUGCUAUCUUGGCGGCCAAGGCAGCUGAGGAAGACCAGUCUACCGCCAUCGCGAACAAAACUGUUGGUGCCCAGGUUGACGCAUUACUUGCUCGUCUCCCAGAUCUUACCAACAAAGAUCUAGUUGACCAAGCUGCGAUAGACUUUUGCUUCCUCAAUUCCAAAGCUUCCCGGAAUCGCCUCAUCAAAGCUGUCCAAGAAAUCCCUAAGGGCCGUAGCGAUCUUCUUUCUUCUUAUUCCCGACUUGUCGCAACCUUGGGCAAGUAUAUGCUUGACAUCCCUAAGGGUCUUGUUGAUCAUCUCGAUCAGGAGUUCCGUAGUCUUCAACGACGCAAAGAGAAGGAGUUUCUCGGUCAAGCCAGACUGGGUAAUAUCCGCUAUCUUGCUGAGUUGACGAAGUUUGGCGUCGUCCCCGAGCACGUUAUUUUCCACUGCCUCAAGGUCAGCUUAGAUGACUUCUCACGAAUGAACAUCGAAAUCAUCUGCAAUCUGCUAGAGAAUUGUGGACGCUAUCUGCUACGGAACCCGGAAACAUCACCUCGCAUGACAUCGUUCUUAGAGACCUUAAAACGUAAAAAGUCUGUCCAGCAUAUCGGCCAACAGGAGCGUAUGCUUAUUGAGAACGCCGUGUAUUAUGUAGACCCUCCUAUCAGAGCAGCGAUUCAGCAGAAGGAAAGAACGCCUAUUGAUCUAUUCAUCCGGAAGCUAGUAUAUCUCGACAUGAACAAUCGCAACUAUACCAAGAUCCUGAAGCAAAUCCGUCGCCUUCACUGGGAAGAGACAGAAGUUGUCGCUAUUCUGGAAAAAGUGUUCUCGAAACCGGGUAAAGUCAAGUACGGCAAUAUUCAUUUACUUGCUAUUCUUGUCAGCGCCCUUUACCGAUAUCACCAGGAUUUUGUCACCAUCAUUAUUGAUAAUCUUCUCGAGUACAUUGUUCUUGGGCUCGAACAGAACGACUUCAAGUUCAAUCAAAGACGUCUCGCAGAGGUAAAAUAUCUGGGAGAGUUGUACAACUACCGCAUGGUCGACCACCCAGUCAUAUUUGACACCAUGUAUCGAAUCAUGACUUAUGGCCAUGGAGGUCCUCCAAUUCCAGGUCGAACCAAUCCUUUUGAUAUGCCUGAUGAUUUCUUCCGGAUCCGUCUAGUUGCCAAUAUCCUCGAGACCUGUGGUAUAUUUUUCAAUCGUGGCGCUGCUGGCAAAAAACUCGAUUACUUCCUCUCUUUCUUCCAAUACUACAUCUACACGAAAGAUACACUUCCAAUGGACAUAGAGUUUAUUGUUCAAGAUGUUUUCGCAUUGACUAGACCUCAAUGGAAACUUGCCUCUAAUUUGGAGGAAGCUAGCCGUGCAUUCCAGCUUGCCAUGGCACAAGAUCAGAAGACUGCCGGACUGGAUAAGACUGUUGAACCAGAUGAAGCUGACAGUGAUGGCUCAUCUGACGAUGGUCUCGGUGACGAUGCUGCUGAAGCAGGCCUUGCCGAUGUUGAUGCAGAGGGUGAGCUUGAUGAAGAGUCAGAAUCUGAAGAUGAAGCAGAUGCUGACGCGAAUGGCGAUACGAUGCGUUCUGCAACCGAUUCCGAGGAAGAGUCGAUUGUGGUUACUAGACAGGAAGAGCAGGUUGACCCCGAAGAUGAAGCUGAUUUCGAGCGUGAGUAUGCGAAAAUGAUGGCUGAGAGUUUAGAGUCGAGAAAACACGAGCGUAAAUCGACUUUUGAUGUGCCACUCCCGAUUAGACGUAAAGAUAGGGACACAUCCGCUGCAAACGACACAUGGACCGAGGAGACUGCUCCGGUUGCCGAUGCCCCAUCUGGCGGGACCAUGGCAUUCUCGCUUCUGACCAAACGUGGCAACAGAACCCAGACUCGGACGGUUGCUCUACCCUCUGACUCAACCGUAGCCGUCGCAAUGAAAUCACAACAGGCUGCUGAACGUGAAGAGCAACAGAGGAUUAAAAGCCUCGUUCUCAAAUACGAUCUUCGUGAUGGAGAAGAGCAAGAUGGUGAUACACAACUUAGACCCUUACAACAUAACCCCAAUAUUCACAAUACUACUAUAGGACUCGAGAAGGCAGCAGCUGCCAAUGCUCGACCUGAUAAGUCGAGCAAUAAUCGUAGCGGUCAACGCGCGAGAAAGUUGCAACUGAGCGAUGUUGAUUGGUAUGGUUACAAAAAGAAUUCCUCAGUCACUGUGCCAGAUGUUAAACCCCCCAAAUCCGGAUAUCAAAAGUCUCCUCAGCCGGCACAGGUUUCUGGCAGAACCAUCAGUCAACCCAGUCUUUCCAGUGCCGGGCUUGCGAGACUUGCCAAUAGACCGCCGUUCCCCAGAAAGACCUCUUCAACGGCUGCAAGUCCUGGUGGAAAACUUACUAGGAAAGCAAUGUUGGCUGAACACGCAUCAAGAAUGGUGGCUAGUGGCAAAGAUGAAAUGUAG